AUGUCGCAUGGUCCAAGUUGGUAUAAUGAAAAGGUACAGCCGUUCCAUGUAUAUCCUCAGAUUACGUCUGUCUUACUGCCUGGGCAUGGUCACGGUUUGGAUUGGCUUGGCUGGGUUGGGUCCGCUUCCAGUCUGCCAACCUAA